CGCAGAAGAAGAAGAAGAAGCCGCAGCAGCGCAUGCGCCGUGUGCUGUAGCCAACAUGGAGGUGUUUGUGAGCUCUCCCAUCUUCAGCUUCUCUAAUUCGGUUUUCCCGGACGGCUCUCUGGUCCGAGACGUCUUGAACCGGUUUGUUCGGCAGCAGGGAGAUUCUUCUUGUGCAGAUUUCUACGUGGUCAGAAAUGGCCGCCUGUCUCACCUGGAGGAGGCUCUGCAGCCUGGAGCUGUCUAUCACCUGGAGCCCCGCCUCCGUGGAGGGAAAGGAGGGUUCGGCUCCAUGCUGCGAGCGCUGGGCGCUCAGAUCGAGAAGACGACCAACCGCGAGGCCUGCAGAGACCUGAGCGGCCGCCGGCUGCUAGAUGUCAACCACGAGAAGGAGAUGGCGGAGUGGCUGCAGAAGCAGACGGAGCGCGAGGCGGAGAAGGAGCAGCGACGCCUGGAGCGACUGCAGAGGAAGCUGAAGGAACCCAAGCACCAGUUCACGGACCCCGAGUACCAGAGGCAGUGUCACGACCUGUCAGAGAGGCUGGAGGACUCAGUGAUGAAGGGGCUUCAGGCCUCCUGCAGCCAGAAGAUGGACGACGUCUCUCCAGCAAAGAGACCAAGCGGUGACCACAGCGAGCAGCCGCAGAAGAAGAAGCAGAAGAAGAAGAACCCAGCAGCAGCCUGUUUGUGGAUGAGGGUUGACGACAUGCCUGGCUCGGAGGAGGAUGAGGAGGAUGAUGAGGAAGAAGAGUCUUCAUCCCCCUCCAGCUGUGGAUCUGCUGCUGUUGCCAUGCCGAUGCAGGAGGUGGAGCAUGAGCAGAGCACCAGCUCGUCAGACGCCUCAUCAGAUCAUCAGACUCCUAAACCCUCUAAGGACCAGGGUCCUUCUGAGGUCCCCAGAGACCAGACUCCCAGACCCUCAGAGGACCAGGGUUCUCCUGAAGCCUCCAGAGACCAGACACCCAGGCCCCCAGAGGACCAGGGAGUGUCUCCGCAUCAGGAGCUGGUUCUGGAGGAUCUGGAUCUGUCGCAGCUGGAGGCUCUGGGUCUGGACGUCCUGAAGAGGGAGCUGAUCUCGCGUGGGUUGAAGUGCGGCGGGACCCUGAAGGAGCGCGCGCAGCGCCUCUUCUCCGUCAGAGGACUGACUCCAGAUCAGAUCGACCCGGCACUGAUUGCCAAACCGACCAAGACCAGGCGGAAGUGACGAGGUCCUGAGCAGCGUUUUCCUUUGAACAUUAUGUAACUUUUUUGCUUUAAGUUUCUUUUCUGAACUGGUUCAUUUAAAUCCGUAUUAAAAUGUUUGAAACAAACCGAUGUUUGAACUUUAUUCCACUAAAGUACGACAGGAA